AAUGAAGGAGACAGAUACACAAAUGCAAUAUAUCAAUUCGUAUUCUUAGCCUUAUUCUUCUCCUUAUAUUGCAGAAAGUCCAUGCAAAAAAGCAGCAGCCUUAUCUCCUUCCCUUCCACAGUUUCCCUCUUCCCUUUUCUGUGUUCACCGAGACAUCAUCUUCAGAUUUUGGUCGCAUGGAGCCUGAAGCUGAAAACAUCAACUAUGAGGAGGAUUACAUAACGAAUUCCAGAGGGCUGAAGCUCUUCACAUGCAGUUGGCUUCCUCGGGGCCGAGAGCCGAAAGCUCUGAUCUUUAUGUGCCAUGGAUAUGGCAUGGAGUGCAGCAUCACCAUGAGGAGCACCGCCGUCCGGUUGGUGAACGCGGGUUACGCUGUUUACGGGAUCGACUACGAAGGGCACGGGAAAUCGGACGGAUUGAUGGCCUUCAUCAACAACUUUGAUGAUCUUGUGGAUGACUGCUCAACUUAUUUUACCAGCAUCUCUGAAAGAAGAGAGAACAAGAAGAUGAUGAGGUACUUGAUGGGAGAGUCCAUGGGAGGAGCAGUUGCCCUUCUUUUACACAGAAAGAAGCCAGAAUUCUGGGAUGGAGCUGUCCUGGUCGCUCCCAUGUGUAAGAUCGCCGACGAUGCGAAGCCGCCGACCUUGGUGAUCAACAUACUCACUAAACUGAUCAAUGUCAUCCCGACCUGGAAGAUUGUCCCGACUCCGAGCAUCAUCGAUCUCGCUUUCAAAGUUCCUGAAGUAAGAGAGCAGGUAAGAGCAAACAAAUAUUGUUACAAAGGACGGCCUCGGCUGAAAACGGGCUACGAAUGUCUGAGGAUCAGCUUGGAAUUAGAGAAGAGGCUUAACGAGGUCUCCUUGCCAUUCAUAGUUCUCCAUGGGGAAGAAGACAAAGUGACGGAUAAAUCCGAGAGCAAGCAACUCUAUGACUCCGCUUUGAGCUCGGACAAGACAUUCAAAUUGUAUCCAGGCAUGUGGCACGGUUUGCUGUACGGAGAGCCACUGGAGAAUAUCGAAAUCGUCUUCAACGACAUCUUGGGAUGGUUGGAUAAGAAAACUUCACUAGGGAAUUCAAGGCUGGAGAGAGAACUGAAAGAACAGAAUGACCUGCAACCAAAAGAUAUGUAGAACUCAGAGAGGCCGAGCGGUACAGAGAUUAGAUAGCUCUCCGUGUGAUAAUUUCAUUGUGAAAUGCGACUUUAAGAGGGUUCUCAUCGGGUGAGUGAUUAAGUUUCGCUUGCCUUGUUAGGGGCAAUCAACUUAGGACUGGUGUGCUUUGUCAGGGAAGAGGACAUGUCGCCGAAGAAGCGAGCUAGAAAGCUCGUAAUAGUGCUGCUGCAGCUGCAGCUUAUUCAUACCAUCAAGAGCAAACUAAUGCGCGAGUUUCUUAACUAGUGCACCGCCUGCCAUGGUAGAUUCUAUGUCAAAGAGAUCAUUCUUUGUGAUUGCCCACAAGUCAUGCCUAAACUAAGAGUUUCCGUUUUCUCCAGAACAAUAUCAUCUUUUCUGUAAUCAUUAGCCUGUUCCUAA